CAGAACUCUCCUGCUGCUGAAUUUUCCAGCCAUGAGAUGGACAGUGAAUCUCACAUUAGUGAGACCAGUGAUCGAAUGGCUGACUUUGAAAGCAGCUCAGUUAAAAACGAGGAGGAGAACAAGGAGGUGGCCAUCCCGCUGGAAGACUCGGCGGUGUCUGACAGCCUGGAGCAGAUGAAGGCUGUCUAUAACAACUUCCUCUCCAACUCAUACUGGUCCAAUCUCAAUCUGAACCUGCACCAGCCUUCCUCAGAGAAGAAUAAUGGUAGCAGCAGUAGCAGCAGCAGCAGCAGCAGCAGCUGUGGGAGCGGCAGCUUUGAUUGGCAUCAGAGUGCCAUGGCCAAGACCCUGCAGCAAGUGUCUCAGAGCCGGAUUCUCCCAGAGCCCAGUCUCUUUAGCACAGUACAGCUGUACCGACAAAGCAGCAAGCUUUAUGGGUCCAUAUUUACUGGGGCCAGCAAAUUCCGCUGUAAAGACUGUAGUGCAGCCUACGAUACUUUAGUAGAAUUAACAGUGCACAUGAAUGAAACGGGACAUUAUCGAGAUGACAACCAUGAGACUGAUAACAACAACCCCAAGAGGUGGUCCAAACCCCGCAAACGAUCCUUGCUGGAAAUGGAAGGAAAGGAAGAUGCUCAAAAAGUUUUAAAGUGCAUGUACUGUGGCCAUUCUUUUGAGUCUCUUCAGGACUUGAGUGUUCACAUGAUUAAAACAAAACACUACCAAAAAGUGCCUCUGAAGGAACCCGUCACGCCUGUUGCAGCCAAGAUCAUUCCCGCCACCAGAAAGAAAGCUCCACUGGAGCUUGAGCUUCCCAGCUCCCCAGAUUCCACAGGUGGGACCCCAAAGGCAACUAUUUCAGACACAAACGAUGCUCUACAGAAGAACUCCAACCCUUAUAUCACGCCAAAUAACCGCUAUGGCCACCAGAAUGGGGCCAGCUAUGCCUGGCACUUUGAGGCCAGAAAAUCCCAGAUCCUCAAGUGCAUGGAGUGCGGCAGCUCCCAUGACACUUUGCAGGAGCUCACGGCCCACAUGAUGGUGACCGGACACUUCAUCAAGGUCACCAAUUCGGCCAUGAAGAAAGGGAAGCCCAUCAUUGAGGCUCCUGUCACUCCAACCAUCACAGCUCUGCUUGAUGAGAAGGUACAGUCUGUGCCACUGGCAGCCACCACGUUUACCUCUCCCUCCAACACACCCUCGAGCAUUUCCCCAAAAUUAAAUGUGGAAGUCAAAAAGGAAGCUGACAAAGAGAGAGUGGUGACUGAAGAAAAAACUAAGGACAAAGAAAAAUCGACCGAAGAAGAGGAAAAGUAUGACAUCUCUUCUAAGUACCAUUACUUGACUGAAAAUGACUUAGAGGAGAGUCCCAAAGGAGGUUUGGACAUCUUAAAAUCACUAGAAAACACAGUCACAUCCGCUAUCAACAAAGCCCAGAAUGGUACCCCUAGCUGGGGUGGCUAUCCCAGUAUCCAUGCAGCUUACCAACUUCCAAACAUGAUGAAGCUGUCUCUGGGCUCCUCGGGGAAGAGCACACCCCUGAAACCUAUGUUCAGCAAUAGCGAGAUAGUGUCCCCCACAAAGAACCAGACCCUGGUAUCUCCACCCAGCAGCCAAACCUCUCCGAUGCCAAAGACCAACUUCCAUGCCAUGGAAGAACUGGUCAAGAAAGUCACAGAGAAAGUCGCCAAAGUCGAAGAAAAGAUGAAGGAACCUGAGGGGAAGCUCUCCCCGAUGAAACGGGCCACCCCUUCCCCGUGCAGCAGUGAGGUGAGUGAGCCCAUCAAGAUGGAGGCCUCCAGCGACGGCGGGUUCAAGAGCCAAGAGGAUAGCCCCAGCCCUCAGAGGGAUGGGUGUAAGGAGAGCAGCCCCCUGGCAGAGCCAGUAGAGAAUGGCAAAGAACUGGUGAAGCCUAUGACGAGUGGCUUAAGCAGCAGUACAGCUAUCAUUACCGAUCACCCUCCCGAGCAGCCCUUUGUUAACCCCUUGAGUGCCCUCCAGUCCGUCAUGAACAUCCAUUUGGGGAAAGCGGCCAAGCCCUCCUUGCCCGCCCUUGACCCCAUGAGCAUGCUCUUCAAGAUGAGCAACAGUUUGGCGGAAAAGGCUGCGGUGGCAACCCCACCUCUGCAGUCCAAGAAAGCAGACCACUUAGACCGCUAUUUUUACCACAUCAACAAUGACCAGCCCAUUGACUUGACAAAAGGAAAGAGUGACAAAAGCUGUUCUUUAGGUUCAACGUCGGCCGUCGUGUCGUUCAUGUCAAACUCGCCGCUCCGUGAGAAUGCCUUGUCAGAUAUCUCUGAUAUGUUGAAGAACCUGACAGAGAGCCACACGUCAAAAUCUUCCACACCUUCUAGCAUCUCCGAGAAGUCUGACAUUGACGGGACCACGUUAGAAGAGCCCGAGGAGACGACCCCGGCCCAGAAGAGGAAGGGACGCCAGUCCAACUGGAAUCCCCAGCACCUGCUGAUCUUGCAGGCCCAGUUUGCCGCCAGCCUCCGACAGACGUCGGAGGGGAAGUACAUCAUGUCGGACCUGAGCCCCCAAGAAAGGAUGCACAUCUCCAGGUUCACGGGCCUCUCCAUGACCACCAUCAGCCACUGGCUGGCCAAUGUGAAAUACCAGCUCAGAAGGACAGGGGGAACGAAGUUCCUCAAAAACUUGGACACUGGCCACCCUGUGUUCUUUUGUAACGACUGUGCGUCACAAAUCAGGACUCCUUCCACGUACAUCAGUCACCUGGAGUCACAUCUGGGUUUCAGAUUGAGGGACUUGUCCAAACUGUCCAACGAACAGAUUAACAAUCAGAUAGCACAAACUAAGUCCCCGUCAGAAAAACUGGUGACAUCAUCUCCCGAAGAGGAACUGGGGACUUCCUACCAGUGUAAACUUUGCAAUCGGACCUUUGCAAGCAAGCAUGCCGUUAAACUUCAUCUUAGCAAAACACAUGGGAAAUCGCCAGAGGAUCAUCUCUUGUAUGUCUCAGAGCUCGAGAAGCAGUAG